AGUACCUCAGCUCUCAACCCGCUCUUCUUCUCCGCUCAAUCAACACCAAAACCAUGGCUUUCAACGGCAAGUGGGAAACCGAAUCUCAGGAGGGAUAUGAACCAUUCUGCAAACUGAUCGGUAUCCCUGAUGAUGUCAUCGCAAAGGGCCGUGACUUCAAGCUUGUGACAGAGAUCGUCCAGAACGGAGAUGACUUCACAUGGACCCAGUACUACCCCAAUAACCAUGUUGUGACCAACAAAUUCAUCGUAGGCAAAGAGAGCGACAUGGAGACUGUAGGAGGGAAGAAAUUUAAGGGCAUAGUUUCCAUGGAAGGAGGCAAGCUGACCAUAAGCUUCCCCAAAUAUCAACAAACAACUGAGAUCAGCGGUGGAAAGCUGGUGGAGACCUCCACAGCCAGUGGCGCCCAGGGUACCGCUGUUCUUGUGCGCACAAGCAAGAAGGUUUAACCGCAUUGUUGAGAUGAAUGACCCUUUUCUGCUCUGACACUCAAUUUACUGAAUAAAGUGUACGAGCUAAACUGAUAAA